CACCCUCGCAGUCAGAAUCCUCCAGAGAGGCAGUGCAGAAAGGUGUCCCUGCUGUGCCCCUCAGCCUGGACUGACAGGACCCCCUCAGGACACAGGGUGAGACCUGAGUUGGGGGUGUGUGGAGGGCACCCUGGCAUGGAGUGUGCUGGCUUUGGGGCUUUGCCCUUGACUCAUGGGGGCUGGCAGGCAUGAGGGGAGCUGUGUCAGGUCUGCUGGGUGAGUGGUCUGUGCAGGGACCCUGAGACAAGCAUGCCACCGGCUUGCGGGGCCUGGGACUCCGGGCUCUGAGCGAGCGGGAGCAAGCAGGUGACCACCGUGCCCGUUUGUGAGCGUACUGCCAGCACCGGCAAUGGCAGAGUGCUCAGCUCUCCAUCUCUGUGGGUGGGACCUCCUGGCCUGUAAGAGGCCAGGGCAGGAUGAAGUGCUUCCUAGGAGCAGGGGCCACCAGGACUGGAUGACAGAGAGCAGCAGGGUCAGAAAGUGUCUUGCACCACUGAGGUGACCUUGAAGCCAUUUUGUCUGAAGCAAAGCCCUGCUCCUGUCCCCCCACCUCCCUAGCUUGGCACCGGGACUGGGGUUGCUCCUGGGCGUCUGUCUGCGGCAGCUUCGGCUGCAGGCUGGCAAGAGAACUCCAGGCAACAAGAGGGAUGCAAAAUGGCAGCCUGGAGGACACACCUGCCCCCAGGUGGGAAGGGUGAGAGGAGACAUACACAGGUGGAAAGAGGUGGGGGACCUGCCUGAGGCAGAGUAGGGGCCCAGGGAGGCCCCAGCCCAGGGUGGUCAUGGAGCUGGCCAGCCCAGGAAGCUCAAGGUGGCACCUUCUUGCUGGUCCCAAGGCCGACUCGGGGCGACCACGGCAGUCACACCCUGCCUGACACUGCCCCAAGGGUCAGCUCUGUCCCAUACCCCAGGAUCCUCACCUGAGGCUGGCCUCACUCUGAUGGAUUAAUUUAUACUGACCGUUGAUGGGACGAUGGCCUGCUGCAGAGCUUCCUGGUUUUCCUAAGAUCUCAACAGUAACGUUGUUGUAGACCUUCUUCCUGAUGUGUGAAGAGACUGGAGCCCGCCUUAAUUGCCCUCCGGCAAUGACCGGUAUUAAUGCUCUGGGGUAGUUCCUGCCUUUAUAGGCACAUUCUCUGUGUCCACCCAAGUGGGUACCGUGUGCGUGGGCUCCAAGCCUUUCUACUUGGUGGUGUCUCUCACGCCCUUGGUGUGAUGUCUCCACAUCCUUUGUUGAACUUGUGAUGGGGGAACACCUGGCCCUCCUCGCUGAGCUCAGAACUGAUGGAAAAAGGACACUCAGGACAAAACAUGGAGCCCAGGGGUCUAGGUUCAUGGCUAAGAAGGUGGCUGGCCUCUGUGGCUGGGGCCGCCUCUCAGAAGGGAAGUCCACUUGUACUCGUCAAGAACUGAUGAGCCAAGGCCGCUUCCCUCUCCAGGUCGUCACCUGCCUGCCCAUUGCGCACUCCCACUGUGCACACCUGGGGCCAGGCAGAAGAGCUGAAAAUGCAGAGCCCAGAAGGGGCUCAGCCUGAAGCUUGCAACUCCCUCCAGAAGCCUGACUCAGAACAGCCCCUCCUUGCCCUCCCCUCCUGGGAGUCAGGAGUUGUGCGGAUCUGACGUGCAGUAGCCUGUCUGCGGGGCUCAUCCCCCACACAUGGCGCCAUGCUGGACGCCCCUCAACAUACCACCUUGGUGCAUCUUGGAUGAUUCCCAAGGAUUAAUUCUUGGCGAGGGCCCCGAGGAGCCAGAGGCACGAGGGCCCUGUUCUGGUCCCAGGGCCUGGGGACAUCUGCCACCAUGGGCCAGGAGGAGGAUGGAUGUGGACACGACCCUGGGAGCCUGGCCUGGCCACAGCAGCAGCUCUGCAGAACCAAGGACAGAUUGAUUCACUUUGGAGCUGUAAGUACUGAUGUAUUAGGGUGCAGCGCUCAUUGUUCAUUGACGCACAGAGUCCCAAAAUGAAUAUCCAAGAGCAGGGUUUCCCCUUGGACCUCGGAGCAAGUUUCACCGAAGAUGCCCCCCGACCCCCAGUGCCUGGUGAGGAGGGUGAACUGGUGUCCACGGACCCCAGGCCCAUCAGCCACAGCUUCUGCUCUGGGAAAGGUGCCGGAAUUAAAGGUGAGACUUCAACAGCCACUCCGAGGCGCUCAGAUCUGGACCUGGGGUACGAGCCUGAGGGCAGCGCUUCGCCCACCCCUCCGUACUUGAAGUGGGCCGAGUCGCUGCACUCCCUACUGGAUGAUCAAGACGGGAUAAACCUGUUUAGAACUUUUCUGAAGCAGGAGGACUGUGCUGAUCUCCUGGACUUCUGGUUUGCCUGCAGCGGCUUCAGGAAACUGGAGCCCUGUGACUCGAAUGAGGAGAAGAGGCUGAAGCUGGCCAGAGCUAUCUACCGCAAGUACAUCCUUGAUAACAAUGGCAUUGUGUCCAGGCAGACCAAGCCAGCCACCAAGAGCUUCAUAAAGGACUGCAUCAUGAAGCAGCAGAUUGAUCCUGCCAUGUUCGACCAGGCCCAGACGGAAAUCCAGUCUACCAUGGAGGAGAACACCUACCCCUCGUUCCUCAAGUCCGAUAUUUAUUUGGAGUACACGAGGACAGGCUCGGAGAGCCCAAAGCUCUGCAGUGACCAGAGCUCCGGGUCGGGGACAGGGAAGGGAGUACCUGGAUACCUACCCACUUUGAACGAAGAUGAGGAAUGGAAAUGUGACCAAGACGUAGACGAAGACGAUGGCAGAGACCCUGCUCCCCCCGGCAGGCUCACGCAGAAGCUGCUCCUGGAAACCGCCGCCCCGAGGGCCUCCUCAAGUAGACGGUACAGCGAAGGCAGAGAGUUCAGGUAUGGAUCCUGGCGGGAGCCUGUCAACCCCUACUACGUCAACUCUGGCUAUGCCCUCGCCCCAGCCACCAGCGCCAACGACAGUGAGCAGCAGAGCCUGUCCAGCGAUGCUGACAGCCUGUCCCUCACCGACAGCAGCGUGGAUGGAGUCCCACCUUACAGGAUCCGCAAGCAGCACCGCCGGGAGAUGCAGGAGAGCGUCCAGGUCAACGGGCGCGUGCCUCUACCUCACAUUCCUCGCACGUACCGAAUGCCAAAGGAAGUCCGUGUGGAGCCCCAGAAGUUUGCCGCAGAGCUCAUCCACCGCCUGGAGGCUGUGCAGCGGACGCGGGAGGCCGAGGAGAAGCUGGAGGAGCGGCUGAAGCGUGUCCGGAUGGAGGAAGAAGGUGAGGAUGGUGAUGUGUCCUCUGGCCCCCCAGGGGCCAGUCAUAAGCUGCCUUCAGCCCCGGCCUGGCACCACUUCCCACCCCGCUACGCGGAUGUGAGCUGUGUGGGGCUGCGGGAUGCACAUGAGGAGAACCCGGAGAGCAUCCUGGACGAGCAUGUGCAGCGAGUCAUGAGGACACCGGGCUGCCAGUCACCAGGGCCCGGCCACCGCUCCCCGGACAGUGCGCACAUGCCCAAGAUGGGAGCGCUAGGAGGCACAGUUCCCGGGCAUGGAAAGCACGUGCCCAAGUCGGGGGCGAAGCUGGACACAGCUGGCCUGCACCUCCACAGACACGGCCACCACCACGGCCACCAUGGCUCAGCUAGGCCCAAGGAGCCUGCCGAGGCCGAGGCCUCCCGCCGGGUCCAGAGCAGCUUCGCGUGGGGCCCAGAGCUGCACGGCCACGCGGCCAAGCCCCGAAGCCACGUGGAGAGCAUGGGUGCCGCCCCCACCACCAGUGACAGCCUGGCCUACAGCGGGAAGGCAAGCAUGACCUCCAAAAGAAACUCCAAGAAGGCUGAGUCGGGGAAGAGCACCAGCGUGGAGGCGCCAGGCCCCUCUGAGGACGCAGAGAAGAACCAGAAAAUCAUGCAGUGGAUCAUCGAGGGCGAGAAGGAGAUCAGCAGGCACCGGAAGGCUGGCCAUGGGUCGUCCGGGGCAAAAAAGCAGCAGGCCCACGAGAGCUCCCGGCCCUUGUCCAUCGAGCGCCCCGGGGCCGUGCACCCCUGGGUCAGCGCCCAGCUCCGGACCUCCGUGCAGCCCUCGCAUCUCUUCAUCCAGGACCCCACGAUGCCGCCCAACCCGGCCCCCAACCCUCUGACGCAGCUGGAGGAGGCCCGCCGGCGCCUGGAGGAGGAGGAGAAGAGGGCCAGCAAGGCGCCCUCGAGGCAGAGGUAUGUGCAGGAGGUCAUCCAGCGGGGGCGCUCCUGUGUCAGGCCAGCGUGCACGCCCGUGCUGAGCGUGGUGCCAGCGGUGUCCGACCUGGAGCUCUCCGAGACAGAGACAAAAUCGCAGAGGAAGGCAGGCGGUGGGAGUGCCCAGUCGUGUGACAGCAUCGUCGUGGCCUACUAUUUCUGUGGGGAGCCCAUCCCCUACCGGACCCUGGUGAGGGGCCGUGCGGUCACCCUGGGCCAGUUCAAGGAGCUGCUGACCAAGAAAGGCAACUACAGAUACUACUUCAAGAAGGUGAGCGACGAGUUCGAAUGCGGCGUGGUGUUCGAGGAGGUGCGUGAGGACGGGGCCGUGCUGCCCGUCUUCGAGGAGAAGGUCAUCGGCAAGGUGGAGAAGGUGGACUGACGGGCGGGCCUGGCCUCCGCGCUGCACACCAUGAGGGCCUGUGCCGGGUUGAGAGAGUGUGGCAGACACACGGCUGCUGGCGGAAGGCCGGGUGCUGCCCGCCUCACAGCUGCCACCCCUUUGGUCCAUCUGUGUCCAGGAGGGCGGGGGGGUCCCUCUGGGGUCCCACAGGCUUCCACCCACUCCUCUGCAGGACACUCAAGAGCCCACCCAGCAGGGAGCCCACCAUGGGGCCGCCUUGAGACCCUCCCCCGCGGCCCCCUGCUGCUAACCGCGGACACCCCCGGCGCUCACCCCACAGGCUCUGCUUCUCCUUCUGGGACUUGCCCGCCAUGGCCUGCCCUGGUCAGGCCUGUCCCAGAGCCGGGGUGCAGGGGGCCCCGUGGGGCCUCUGUCCAUUGUACAUGUCACCGAGUGCCUUCAACACAGCUUGUCUCUUGCCUCACUGUGUGGACCCGGCGACGGAGCACCGAGGCCCAAGCGUGGGCUCAGCGGGUCCUGGGCCCCUUCCUCCUAAGGGCCCAUGUAAAUAUGUACAUUUCUCAGGCCUGGGCCAGCGGGGAGGGGCUGCCCCAAGCCCGUUUUUCAUGCGCUGACUUGUACAAUUAUCUUUUCAAAGGUACUUGGAUAAUAAUGAAAUAAAACCAUUUUUGAAUCUUC